AACAACGGUUCAGAACAAUUAUACUGCGGGUCGGAAACAGGAGCUUGUUGUGUUGAAUUGUGUUGCGAAUUCCAUUAGGCUAUGUGAGCAGUGAGGCAGGCAUACAGUGGCAUAGCACAGUUUCCCGCAAGGUUCGAGCAAGGGCCCCCCCAACCAAAGCGUGGAUGAAAUGUCUCAUUGUUUUCUCUCCCUGUCUCCUUUGGAGAUCCUUGGCCUCCACCACGACAGUCAUCAGGAGGACCAUCACUUUACUGAGGGCAAGGAAUAUCUGUGGAAGAUUUUGGGAAUCAUCGCUGGAAUCUACGGCUUUUUCCUUAUCGAAAUAAUCUUCUCCCUUGUGCUGCCUUCACAUGGCCAUGUACGUUUACAGUUUUGGGUAUAUGUCUGUAUGACUGUUGGCAUAUCCGUCUUCCAAUUUAGCACAAUGAAUGUUAAUGUUAUUAAUGUUAUUACCCACCAACAGUGGGUAACUGUUAGCUGAAAAAUGACCAACAGGCCUGAAAAUAAGAAACAUCCUGUGGUAACUCAACAAAACACAAGGAGGUAAUAACUCCGUAUAACAAUCACUGUUUCACUCUUCAGAAUAACCAGCAUGUCUAUGUCUGAACGUUUGCUGUGGAAAUCCUGUCAUUCAUUACAGUUUGUCAUGAUAGUGCUUAUCUGUGGGUUCCCGAUUGGCCCUGGCUGAACCCAGACUAAAGCUAAAUCGCAAAUGGCACCCUAUUCCGUACAUAGUGCACUACUUUUGAGCAGAGCUCAAUGGGCCCCGGUCAAACUAUAUAUAGGGAAUAGGGUGCCAUUUGGGACACAGCCUGAGCUGAGCUGACUGUGCAGGUGGCUGAUGGCUCAUGGCCACAGAGUGACUGGAGACUGAUGAGUCUCUUUUUCUCCAGCAGGGUCACGGGGACCUGGGCCAUUCCCAUGACCUUCCCCUGGAGAUUAACUGCAAUGACCAGUCACAGAGGGGCAAGUCCAUCUCCACCAUGCAGCUGUGAACUGUGGAUGACUUAGAAUGCACAGAAAUCCCAUCAGAGGAGCCUGAACCAAGAACCCCUACAUAUCAGACGAGACAGGGUAUUCCUGUACUGGCUGUGAUGGUUAUCGUGGGAGACAGCCUCCAUAACUUUGCUGAUGGCUUGGUGGUGGGUGCGGCCUUCUCUUCAUCCGCCGAGACAGGCAUGGCGAACACCGUGGCCAUCCUCUGCCACGAAAUCCCUCAUGAAAUGGGUGACUUUGCGCUGUUGCUCAUCUCAGGUCUCUCCGUGAGGAAUGCAGUGAUGAUGAACUUACUCAGUGCUCUGACUCCAUAAACACAGUGCUCUGACGGCCUCUUCGUCUCCUCAGAACCAGAGGUCCAGCAGUGGAUCUUCACGGUUAUCGCGGGGAUCUUCCUCUAUCUCUCACUGGUAGAGAUGCUUCCAGAGAUGAGUCGUGUGAAGACCAACAGGCCCUGUCUCAUGUUCCUUCUGCAGAACCUUGGCCUCCUAAUGGGCUGGGCCUGCCUCCUGCUCCUCGCCCUGUUGAGCACAAACUCAAGUUUUGAUGACAGGAUACACGCGGGCACAUCCUACUAUGGUAUCUGACAUACAAUAUGUGUAAUUGAUGGCAAUGUUGACGGUACUUUGUGAUCUUGCUUUUGAUCAUUUAGACAUCUUGUUGAUUACUAUUAUUUACUGCUACUUGUCAUAAUUGUGUAAGUAUUACACUAGAAGAAGGCAUUGAACUAGAAGAAGGCAUCUGUGCAAGUGAUAGUGAUAAUAAAGUAAGGUGAAUAAUAACAGUGACAAUGUGAAUCAAACAUCAUUUUAGAUCCAGUAGUUACGCAUAUACAGUGGGGAAAAAGUAUUUAGUCAGCCACCAAUUGU